AUGUUACUCUACAAUAGCCCCUUUCAACUCCUCGAUUUCGCCGAACACCUUCGUGAGCUCAACUACUACACCCGUCCAAACUACAAGAAACUCGCCGAUUUGCUGAACGAGGUGAUGGCCGAAGGAUCCUUCAAAUUCACGGAUCAAUGGGAUUGGGAGAAGAGCAGCUGUCGUCGACCUAUUCUCAACAACAAAGAAAAGGAAAAGGAGAAACCUCAACCCGUCUCCCUGGAGGAAAUUCAACAGGUCAAAGCGAUGCAAUCGGCAGAAAAGGUUGAAGAACAAAAUAUGAUGCAGGCCACUUAUAACUAUAUAAUUCCCAAUCGAAUAUUG